AAGCCUUUGCAAUGCACAGUUCUACUUAUUUCAGUUACUUACCACUUGCAUUGUAAGUGGUAAUAAUAUUGGAUUGUUGAAUAAUUCAACAAAGGUGCCAAAUAUUUUUCUCUUCUUUUAAUGUGUUUGUAUUAUGCAUGCAAUUCCCUUUUAAUAUUUUACUGCACAUUCUAUUAUCCUGCUUUUUCUUAUGAAUUCAUUAAUUGGAUUGGAUCAAUGAUAUUCUAACACUAGGCAAACAAAGGGUACGUAGGGCCAAAUUGUAACAAACUGAAGUGGGAUGAUUUAUAUGAAGAGAUUGGAAGUGAUAUUACAGGGGCUGAGGAAGGAAUGGGAGAUGAACAGGACCAGGAAAAAUACCAGUCGCGGGUUAGAACCUCUAAGCCCUCCACAUGGCACCAUUAGAAAGGUAAUAAAGUCAAGGUUGAGGGCGUACGUCAAAGCUGCGCGUGGCCUCAGUGUUCAAAUCCCUUGAACCUAUGGCGGGAGAUAACCCAUUACCCUGGAACACGAUCAGUGUGACUUCUGGGUUGCCACAGUUUGCUUUUCCCCGGUUUCCCCAGUUACCCAUUUAUCGACCAUCCCGAAAGGGAGGAUGAACAGUUGGGUGAGCUGCGCGCCGAUUGCCCAGGCUGGGAUUCGAACGCGUCCAGCACCCUCGCAUGUAAUCUUCAUAUUAUUCACUAAUACUUUGGUUGAUUUACAACACAUGCAUGAAAAUUUACUGAGCGCCCUUCAGAAUUAGUCCGCUAAAUCUAAAAACGAUCACAUUGGAGGCACCUUUGCGACGUCACCGCGAACUUGGAUGAUGACGCUAUGCACUUUGUAGGCAGCGGUGACCCAAUCGCUCAUCAGUGCUUCAGUGAGGUUUCGUUUGUUCUUCCAUGCACGUGCGUAAUGUAUCAUACGUAACCCUGUCACUGCACCAUCACGAACAGGAUGUGACGCCACAGUAGAUAUGUAAAACAAGUGUUAAUAGCACAAAAACUGCUAGAUCGGUGUCGCAUGUCCCUCCAACAUCCCCCCAACAAUUUAUAUUAUGCACUAUAGGGGUCUAAAAUGGAAAAUGCUGAAAAGUAAAGAUGGCGCCACUAUAAACACUUGCCUGCGCCACAACGGGCUGGGGCCGACCAUCAGACCCUUCUAUGAAGGCCUGCCGGCUCCACAGGCCAAGACGUAAAAAAAAAAAAAAAGCUGACUUUGUUUAUAAUGCCAUGUUGUAGGGUUCAUCAGGGCUAACAAAUGUUAUUAUACAAUGUCAUGUCUACAAGCCAGGAAAACAACUUGAAAAGAACAACAACAACAACAAGAUGGACAAGCCGAUAAAAAUGUUGCAAAAAGAAACGUGGCAGAAAAGAACAACAACAACAAGAUGGCCAAGCCGAUAAAAAUGUUGCAAAAAGAAACGUGGCAGAAAAGAAGAACAACAACAACAAGAUGGACAAGCCGAUAAAAAUGUUGCAAAAAGAAACGUGGCACCGCUACCGCAUCGCGACCUAGACCCGCCCAGGUGUGGGGCUGCGGGUUGUCUGCUCUCGGCUCUCCGCUGCUGCCAGUUAUGCGUGCGCCGUUGAUCGGGAGGUGUGUGAGGUGUGGAGGUCGUGCGUGCAUCUGUGUUUGUGUGUGUGUGUGUGUGUGUGUGUGUGUACGCAGGACCAAAAAGUUAAUGACCUAUUUAAUUUAGUGUAUUUCGUGCCUCGCCUGCCCUGAUACUCGGCCCGGCCCAACAAGCUGCAUGUCAAGCCGCCGUGCGUGGUGGUGCUGUAGUUCAGUGGCCCGACGCAUCGCUGGUGGCUUACGCGAGUUUGUGGCCGCCGCGGUGCACAUGAUCCCGAGACUGUGGCUUUUUUAGCGGUCCUGGCCAGAGUCCGCCUGUGAGUGUUGUACUUCACAGAAACAGUCCAGCCAGCGAGAGUGCCGUGCGGCAUUAGGGAGUGUACGUGUGGUGUGGGAGUGAUGCGCGUCUAUGUUACGUCAUUUGAAGCCGAGGUCAGGUCAUCAUGCUCACCCUGGUGCUGGUGCGGCUGCGGAGUGUGGCUGUCGCACUCUCGCCGCGGCGGAUGGUGCUGGCCUCCCUCGCGAUGCUCACCGGCGUCUUCUUCCUGCUCUUAGCGACGAGUUCUCGCAGUAGCUCCGCCAGCCAUCUCCCGAUGCGGAUGCAGGAGCGCGUGGAGAGGCUGGAGAGUGUGUGCGCGGGGAUGCCUGCCCCCAGCGAGGUCGCCGCCGCGGCCAUGGCUGAGGCAACCCGUCUCAGGACGCAGGUGCUGGAGGAGCACCGCCUCAUGGUGUGCGUGGUCUUCAAGGCGGGCUCAACCACGUGGAACUCCAUCGUGGCGCACCGCUACAACAACACGGAGAUCCUCAAGACGAGGAAGUUCUACAAGUUGAUCGAGAUGCUAAAGGCCACGAGGGAGCGGUUCCAGGAGGUGUCGAGGUCAUCGCUCUUCCUGAGGGCCGUGAUGGCGAGGCACCCGCUGGAGCGCCUGCUGUCGGCCUACAAAGACAGGAUCGAGGACCAGAGCCACGUCUCCUCCCAGGCCAGAUACUACAGCCCCCUCAUCCUCCGCCACACCCGCGGCCACAGCUACUCGAGGGAAGACUUGUACAAUAUUAACGGCACGCUGCGGGUGGUGCCGACGUUCCGUGAGUUCGUGAGCUACCUGGUGUCGCGGCCGCCAGAGGAGUACGACCCCCACUGGCGCCCCGUGUCCCUGCUGUGCGGCCUCUGUCACGUCCAGUACACGGCCGUGGUGCUCACCGAGACCUACAAUGAGGACAUGCUCUAUGUCAUGAGGGCGAGCGGCUUGGGCCAGGCGGUGAACGCAACCCUCCUGCUGAAGAAGAACAACAACAGGGGCAAAGGAGACACCCACCAGCUCCUCAACGACUACUACUCCACGCUGGAACCGCCGCUCCUGCAGCAGAUCAUCAACAUCUACCAGAACGACUUCAGAUUGUUCAACUACGCACCGGGCGACGUUCUGCGCCCCUUUAUAACCCCUCCUACCUCCCAUGCACCUUCUUGACGAGAGCAGCGAAAUGAUGGAACAGUUUUAGGUACGGUGUAAUAGUCAGGCUUUAUUGUUUAUUGAUAGAUAGAUAUAGGUGGAUAUACAGAGAGAGAGAGAGAGAGAGAUAGAGAGGGUUGUAUUUACGUUCUUCCUUUCACCAGCUCCUCCUCCUCCUCCUCCUCCGAUUGUGCCAGUCCAAUCCAGUUCGGCCAAAGUCUCGUCCGCCUGUGCCAACCUCAACCAACUCGACAACUCUCGCUUUCUAGUCAAACUCUUGCGCUACUCGCGUUUCACUUUUGUUUUUCUUUCUUGGUAAGGCGUCGUGUGUAUCAAGGGUUUACCUCGUAUAUGUAUGCAUGUAUAUAUGUUUGUAUAUAUGUAUGUAUGCGUUAAAGUAGUAUGUAUAAUUAUGUAUGUAAUUAUGAAUAAAAGUAGGAUGUAUGUAUGUAUAUAUGUGUGAUUCAGACAUUCAUUCGCUGUCACCAGAUGUAAGAGAGAGAGAGAGAGAGAGAGAGAGAGAGAGAGAGAGAGAGAGAGAGAGAGAGAGAGAGA